GAAAGUUGCUUUAGGGGAAAUUUCACUAGUAAAUCCACAACCUUUAAAAUUCUGUGUGAUUGAAUCGAAUGUUGAUACUUGGCAAAAUAUUUUCAUUGGCGUAUCACAAAUACUACUUUUUAAAGGUGUAUUUAGUUUUUAGUUUCAAGUAUGUGGGAGUCCUAGAGGCAUGAUGACAUUUUCUAAAAAAACUCUUUUUUGGUCUUUUCCUCUGCCAAGUCUUUGGCUGAGUUGCCUUCUUUAAAUAUUAACGAGAACUGCUGUCAAGAAAGGUAUUUUCUUUUCAAGAAGGAUGUUUACACAGGCAAAAUAUGUUUUUGGACAUGAAAAUUCUUUCUGAGGAAAAUAUCAAAAUACUUUCUCCUCUUCCCAUCUUUAAAAUAAAAGUUAAACCUGAACUGGAAUCCUUCCCCCACCGUGAAACCAAGCGAUGGUGCCAGACUUGAAGACGAAGGCUUUACUUUGUUAGCCAUGUGUUUGUGAAAGCCCCGCGCCUUCCCUAGAUCUCUCGGCUGAUAAUCUCAAACAUGGAGGAUGCUUCUGAUUCUACACAAGGGGUUGCUCCAUUAAUUAAUAAUGUAGCUCUCCCAGGCUCUCCGCCGUCUCUUCCUGUAUCAGUGACAGGCUGUAAAAGUCAUCGAGUAGCCAAUAAAAAGGUAGAAGCGAGAAGUGAAAAGCUCCUCCCAACAGCUCUUCCUCCUUCGGAGCCGAAAGUAGAUCAGAAACUUCCCAGGAGCUCCGAGAGGCGGGGAAGUGGCGGUGGGACGCGAUCCCCCGCGCGGAGCCAGGCCGUGGCAGCGGGAGAAGCGGCGGCGGGCGGCGCGGCGGGGCCGGCGAGAGGCGACCCCCCGGCAGGACACAGGCUCCCCUCGCCGCCUUUGUAGUUGAAAAGGUGGAGAAGUGGCAGUCGGCGUGCUCGCAGGGAAGCGGGGCCGACGCGGGCGGCCGAGGGUCCGGGCGAGCCCGCGGGCGGACGGGAGAUGCCGCUGCUACACCGAAAGCCGUUUGUGAGACAGAAGCCGCCCGCGGACCUGCGGCCGGACGAGGAAGUUUUCUACUGUAAAGUCACCAACGAGAUCUUCCGCCACUACGAUGAUUUUUUUGAACGAACCAUUCUGUGCAACAGUCUUGUGUGGAGUUGUGCUGUGACGGGUAAACCUGGACUGACCUAUCAGGAAGCACUUGAGUCAGAAAAAAAAGCAAGACAGAAUCUUCAGAGUUUUCCAGAACCACUAAUUAUUCCAGUUUUAUACUUGACCAACCUUACCCAUCGUUCACGCUUGCAUGAAAUAUGUGAUGAUAUUUUUGCAUAUGUCAAGGAUCGAUACUUUGUUGAAGAAACUGUGGAAGUCAUUAGGAACAAUGGUGCAAGGUUACAAUGUAGGAUUUUGGAAGUCCUCCCUCCAUCACAUCAAAAUGGCUUUGCUAAUGGACAUGUCAGUAGUGUUGAUGGAGAAACUAUCAUCAUCAGUGAUAGUGAUGAUUCAGAAACACAAAACAGUUCUUUUCAAAAUGGGAAGAAAAAAGAUGCAGUUGAUCCCUUAUUAUUCAAGUACAAGGUGCAACCCACUAAAAAAGAAUUGUAUGAGUGUGCUAUUGUUAAAGCAACACAAAUCAGCCGGAGAAAACACUUAUUUUCUCGUGAUAAAUUAAAGCUUUUUCUGAAGCAACACUGUGAACCACAAGAUGGGGUCAUUAAAAUUAAGGCAUCAUCUCUUUCAACAUAUAAAAUAGCAGAACAAGAUUUUUCUUACUUCUUCCCUGAUGAUCCACCCACAUUUAUCUUCACUCCUACUAAUAGAAGAAGAGGGAGACCUCCCAAACGAGUAUCUAUUAGUCAGGAGGACAGCGUUGCUAAUAAACAGACUAUUGCAAGUUAUAGGAACAAAGCUACUAAAGAAAAAGACAAACUUUUGAAACAAGAAGAAAUGAAGUCACUGGCUUUUGAAAAGGCUAAAUUAAAAAGAGAAAAAGCAGAUGCCCUAGAAGCAAAGAAAAAAGAAAAAGAAGAUAAAGAGAAAAAGAAAGAAGAAUUGAAGAAAAUUGUUGAAGAAGAGAGACUGAAGAAGAAAGAGGAAAAAGAGAGACUUAAAAUAGAAAGAGAAAAGGAAAGAGAAAAAUUACGUGAAGAAAAGCGAAAAUAUAUGGAAUACUUAAAACAGUGGAGUAAACCUAGAGAAGAUAUGGAAUGUGAUGAUCUUAAGGAACUUCCAGAACCAACUCCAGUGAAGACUAGACUACCUCCUGAAAUCUUUGGUGAUGCUCUGAUGGUUUUGGAGUUUCUUAAUGCUUUUGGGGAACUUUUUGAUCUUCAAGAUGAGUUUCCUGAGGGAGUAACCCUAGAAGUGUUAGAGGAAGCUCUUGUAGGAAAUGACAGUGAAGGCCCACUAUGUGAAUUGCUUUUUUUCUUCCUGACUGCCAUCUUCCAGGCGAUAGCUGAAGAAGAAGAGGAAGUAGCCAAAGAGCAAAUAACGGAUGCUGACACCAAAGAUUUAACAGAGGCUUUGGAUGAAGAUGCAGACCCCACAAAAUCUGCACUGUCUGCAGUUGCAUCUUUGGCAGCUGCAUGGCCGCAGUUGCACCAGGGCUGCAGUUUGAAAAGCUUGGAUCUUGAUAGCUGCACUCUUUCUGAAAUCCUCAGACUGCACAUCUUAGCUUCAGGGGCUGAUGUAACAUCAGCAAAUGCAAAGUAUAGAUACCAAAAGCGAGGAGGAUUUGAUGCAACAGAUGAUGCCUGUAUGGAGCUUCGUUUGAGCAAUCCCAGUCUAGUGAAGAAAUUGGCAAGCACUUCAGUGUAUGAUUUGACACCAGGAGAAAAAAUGAAGAUACUUCAUGCUCUCUGUGGAAAACUACUGACCCUAGUUUCUACUAGGGAUUUCAUUGAAGAUUAUGUUGAUAUAUUACGACAAGCAAAGCAAGAAUUCCGGGAGUUAAAAGCAGAACAACAUCGGAAAGAGAGGGAAGAAGCAGCUGCUAGAAUCCGUAAAAGGAAGGAAGAAAAACUGAAGGAACAAGAACAGAAAAUGAAAGAGAAACAAGAAAAACUGAAGGAAGAUGAACAAAGAAAUUCAGCUGCAGAUAUAUCUGUUGGGGAGGAAGAAAGGGAAGAUUUUGAUACUAGCACUGAAAGCAAAGAAACAGAGCAAAAGGAACUUGAUCAAGACACAGUCACUGAGGAUGAAGAUGACCCAGGAUCACAUAAAAGAGGAAGAAGGGUUCUGGAGGCUGGAAGUCCAAGACCAGCAGGAUUGAUUUCUGGGAAAAGGGGACAAAAUGGAUUUAAAGAAUUUACAAGACAAGAAGAGGUCAACUGUGUAACAAGAGAGCCUCUUACUGCAGAUGAGGAAGAAGCUUUAAAACAGGAACAUCAACGAAAAGAGAAAGAGCUCUUGGAAAAAAUCCAAAGUGCCAUAGCAUGUACCAAUAUCUUUCCCUUGGGCCGAGACCGCAUGUAUAGGCGAUAUUGGAUUUUUCCUUCUAUUCCUGGAUUAUUUAUUGAAGAGGAUUAUUCUGGUCUCACUGAAGACAUGCUGUUGCCUAGACCUUCAUCAUUUCAGAAUAGUAUACAGUCUCAAGAUCCUCAGGUAUCUACUAAAACUGGAGAGUCUUUGACGCCUGAAUCUACCUCCAACAUUGACCAAGGUCCAUGUGAUGAUUCUGUGCAACUGCCAAAACCAGUGCAUAAGCCAAAUCGGUGGUGCUUUUACAGUUCUUGUGAACAGCUAGACCAGCUUAUUGAAGCUCUUAAUUCUAGAGGACAUAGAGAAAGUGCCUUAAAAGAAACUUUGUUGCAAGAGAAGAGCAGAAUAUGUGCACAGCUAGCCCAUUUUUCUGAAGAGAAAUUUCAUUUUUCAGACAAACCUCAAACUGAUAGCAAACCUACAUAUUGCCGGGGAAGAUCUUCCACUGCAUAUGAUUCAGCUCAGAUGUCUGCAGAAAGACAGCUUGAAUUGAGGCUGAGAGAUUUUCUUUUGGAUAUUGAAGACAGAAUUUACCAGGGAACAUUAGGAGCAAUCAAGGUUACAGAUCGACACAUCUGGAGAUCAGCAUUAGAGAGUGGACGUUAUGAGCUGUUAAGUGAGGAGAACAAGGAAAAUGGGAUCAUUAAGACUGUGAAUGAAGAUGUGGAAGAGAUGGAAAUUGAUGAGCAAGCAAAGGUCAUAGUAAAAGACAGACUCUUGGGCAUAAAAACAGAAACUCCAAGUACUGUCUCAACUAACACAAGUACACCACAAUCAGUGAGCAAUGUGGUUCAUUAUCUGGCAAUGGCACUUUUUCAAAUAGAGCAGGGCAUUGAGCGGCGUUUUCUCAAAGCUCCACUUGAUGCCAGUGACAGUGGGCGUUCUUACAAAACAGUCCUGGACCGUUGGAGAGAGUCUCUGCUUGCUUCUGCUAGUCUAUCCCAAGUCUUUCUUCAUCUCUCCACCUUGGAUCGUAGUGUGAUAUGGUCUAAAUCUAUACUGAAUGCUCGUUGCAAGAUAUGCCGAAAAAAAGGCGAUGCUGAAAACAUGGUACUUUGUGAUGGCUGUGAUCGGGGUCAUCAUACCUACUGUGUUCGACCAAAGCUCAAGACUGUGCCUGAAGGAGAUUGGUUUUGUCCAGAGUGUCGGCCAAAGCAACGUUCUAGAAGACUCUCCUCUAGACAGAGACCAUCCUUGGAAAGUGAUGAAGAGAUGGAAGACAGUAUGGGAGGUGAGGAUGAUGAAGUUGAUGAUGAUGAUGAAGAGGGUCAAAGUGAGGAGGAGGAGUAUGAGAUAGACCAAGAUGAAGAUGACUCUCAAGAAGAGGAAGAAGUCAGCCCACCAAAACGAGGAAGACCACAAGUCAGAUUGCCAAUUAAAACAAGAGGGAGAAUUAGCACUUCUUUCUCAAGUCGUGGCCAACGACAAGAUCCUGGAAGGUACACUUCACGGAGUCAGCAGAGUACACCCAAAACAACUGUUUCCUCUAAAACCACUGGUAGAAGCCUUAGAAAGAUAAGGUCUGCUCCUCCAACAGAAACUAAAUCUUUAAGAAUUGCUGGUCGUUCUACUCGCCAGAGUUAUGGCCCACUGCAAGCAGACGUAUUUGUGGAACUACUUAGUCCUCGUAGAAAACGCAGAGGAAGGAAAAGUGCUAAUAAUACACCAGAAAAUAGUCCCAACUUUCCUAACUUCAGAGUCAUUGCCACAAAGUCAAGUGAGAAGUCAAGAUCUCUAAAUGUUACUUCAAAACUUUCUCUCCAAGAUAGUGAAUCCAAGAGAAGAGGAAGAAAAAGACAAUCUACAGAAUCAUCUCCUAUGACCCUGAAUCGAAGGAGUUCAGGCCGACAAGGAGGAGUUCAUGAAUUGUCUGCUUUUGAACAACUUGUUGUGGAACUGGUACGGCAUGAUGACAGCUGGCCUUUUUUGAAACUCGUUUCCAAAAUCCAGGUCCCGGACUAUUAUGACAUCAUCAAAAAGCCCAUUGCCUUAAAUAUAAUUCGUGAAAAAGUGAACAAAUGUGAAUAUAAAUUAGCAUCGGAAUUUAUUGAUGAUAUUGAGUUAAUGUUUUCGAACUGCUUUGAGUACAACCCUCGUAACACAAGUGAAGCAAAAGCUGGAACUAGGCUUCAAGCGUUUUUUCAUAUUCAGGCUCAAAAACUUGGACUACAUGUCACUCCCGGGAAUGUGGAUCAAGUUAGCACACCACCAGCUGCAAAAAAGUCACGAAUCUAAUUUUGUCCUUCUAAAGGAUAUAUUUGAGGAAAACAAAUUGUUCAUGAAAAUGGAACAUUAAAUCAUGCUCAAAAGCAGACAUAUAUAUAUAAAGCAAUAACAACUGAUUGACCACACUGAAGUGUGGCCUGCACUAUAUUCUCAAUUUUAAUAUUAAGCACUCAGGAGAAUGUAGGAAAGAUUUCCUUUGCUACAGUUUUGCUCAGCAUCUAAUAAGUUUGAUAGAUGUAUUGGAUAUAGUACUGGUUUACAGAGGUUUUUGUACAUUUUGAGAUCAUUCAUGUGUCCCAAUAUCUUUGAAAAUAUUUUUUCAUCUGUGAUUUAUUUUGUCAUUGAUUUUUUUUUAGAAGUGUGGUAUUAAAGGAGAUUUAUCUAAACGGAUAAAUCUUCUAUAGCACAGUUUAGAAAAGUAUAUAUGUCUAAGAAUUGUUUAAUGAGCACAUUCUUUCAACACUACACAUGAAUGAAUCCAAUUUUAUAUCCUUGAAGUGCUGUACCAGUGCUGGCUGGAGGUAUUAAGUCUGAGUUUAUUAACUAGAUAUUUAUUUAGCAUUCAAAAUAAUUUGUGAAUUUGUUUUGUAUUUAUAAAAUUUGUACCUGGAAAAUGUUCUUUAAUUUUUUAAACAUUUUACUGUGUUUUUGUUUUAUUUCUCUAACUUCCUUAAUGACCAAUCAAUAAAAGGUAACACCCUCCCUUUUCCCUGACAGUUCUUUCAGUUUUACAGAACUGUAUUACAAGUUUCUAUGUACAACUUUUUUAAGUGUACAAAUAAAAUGAUACAUGUUUUUCAAGUA